AUGAAAUCCUUUUAAAUACCAAAAACAUGCCAUGUAGACAUUAUUACACCUUUGUUAACUGAUUUUUAUUAAAUUACUAUGGCAUAUUCAUAUUUUAAAAAUAACAGACACGAAUAACCUUCUUCUUUCGAAUUAUUUUUUCGAAAUUGUCCUUUUAAAGGAGAAGUUUAUAAUAUAUUGUAAAUUAAUUUUUUUUUUAAAACAAAAAUAAAAUAGUAUGCUAUAUGUGCUGGUUUACAUGAAGUAAUAUCAUUUAUUCAUACAUAUAAAAUUCCAGAAGAUCAUAUAUAAUUUUUAAGUACAUAAAUUUAAAAUAUAGAUCCUGAAUUCCAAAAUUGGCUAAGAAAUUUAAAUUGUUCGAAAAUAUAACUAUAUGCCUAAAAAGAAGGUUCUAUAUGUUUUGCUAAAGUACCUUUGCUAAGAUUAGAAGGUCCUAUAGGCUUACUUUAAUUAUUAGAAACUCCAUUAUUAAAUUUAAUGAAUUUCGCUACAUUAAUAUCUACAAAUGCUUGCAGAAUUAAAAGAGAAGCUGGUGAAAAUGCAAAAUGUUUAGAAUUCGGUCUAAGAAGAGCUUAAGGACCUGAUGGAGGUUUAAUGGCAAGUUAGUUUAGUUAUUUAGGUGGAUUUGAUGGAUCUUCAAAUGUUUUAGCAGGUAUUAAAUAUAAAAUUCCUAUAAGUGGAACAAUGGCACAUUCAUUUAUUACUUCGUAUUCUAAUUUAGAUUAGAUAAUUGAAUUUGAAAUAAAUGGAAUUAAAAUUAAGGAAACUACAUUAUAAUAUCGAAAUUAAUUAAAUUACGUGAAUUCUAGUGAUUCUGAAUUAGCAGCAUUUCUUGAUUAUGCUAAAUCUUGUUAUAAUAAUUUUACUUGUUUAAUAGAUACAUUUGAUACGAUAUCAAGCGGAAUAUAAAAUUUUAUUUGUGUAUCUUUAGCUUUAAUUUAGGCUGGAAUAAAUCCUAAAGGCGUUAGACUUGAUUCAGGGGAUUUAGCUAAACUUUCUAUUUAAGUUAGAUAAUAAUUAGACGAAUUAGCUGAUUUAUUUAAAGUUGAAUAAUUUAAAAAUGUAUAAAUUAUUGCUUCUAAUGAUUUAAAUCAAGAAUCUAUUAAAAAAUUAAACUAAUAAGGACAUAAAAUUAAUGUUUUUGGUGUAGGUACUAAUCUUGUUACUUGUUAAAAUUAGCCUGCGUUAGGAGGUGUUUAUAAAUUAGUCGAAUUAAAUAAAGAACCAAAACAUAAACUUUCCUAAGAUGCCGAGAAAUCGACACUUCCAGGUUGUAAAAAUGUAUAUAGAAUUUGGACUUAUAAAAGUUAAUAUCCAGUUGCUGAUGUUAUUUCGAAAUCUAAUUAAGAAAUUAAAGAAGGACAAACUAUUUUCGUAGUUAAUUUCCAUUAACCAUCUUAAAGAUAUAAAGUUUUAGUGAAUAAGGUUGAGUUGAUUCUUAAUUUAGUAUAUGAUUAAGGAUAAUUACUUACUGAGUAUUAAAGCCUUUAAUAAUGUAAAUAAUUCUGUUAAUAAUAAUAAAUAAUGUUCAAUUAAGAAGUACUUAAUGAUAAAUAAAAAUAUAUGGUAUUGUGUACUAUUGAAUAUUAUUAAUUUUUUUAAGAUUGUAACGAAAAGAUUAUAAUUAAUAUGGUUUUAUGA